GUCAUCAACAACUCACUCGCACACCCUACCAUCACGGUCUCCGUUGGACGCGACUAUGGAUGACGACGAACUUCCACGUAUCUCGAUUCCGUCUAUGCGCGUGUGGCUGGGGAUCAAAGCCAAAUACACCCGCGAUCUCGAGGCUAUUGUCGAGAAUUUAAUGCAGGGCCGCAACUUCACACCCCAACAGAAGGAAGCACUACUUGCUCGUGCACACGAGAACGUCGAGUCUGUUUUCAAGAUUGCUCAGGCGAACAUACGAAUUAAUGGACGCGACUUUGUUACUCUGCAACCGCACGAACAAGAUGCUGAACCCUUCGAUGAGGCGCUUGACCGGAAGAUUUGGACUUUGGCCGGAAGUCGUCUUGAAUGGCACCAGAAGAUAGCGAAGCAGCGGCGCGAGACGCCUCUCACCUUGGCGAAUGCACUUCAGGAACAGAUCAAGGAACGUGAGCAGCUGGAUCAAGAAUUCGAUGCGGAGGACCCGUUGCAAGACAUGGACGUCGAUGAGCCCUCAGAGGGACCGAAACUACAAGUCGAUGAAACAGUACUUGGGCGUAUAUUAGCAGUCACAGGGGAGCUCGAUCAGAUCAUACCGUUGCAGCGGGAACGGUCCGAGCGAUCGCGUACUGUGGAGGCAGAAAUCAAAGCUCUGCGACCGUGAAACGAAAUGGUCGCUCAAACAUGACUAUGUAUCACUAUCUAUCGUUGACCUCGUUAUGUAACAUCUUUAUAUGUAUAUACAGAUACCCUCUUUCCUCUUUGCUACGAUGGGGAGGAUCGGAGUAAUUGCAUGCAGAUCAUGGUACAAGAGAGGUCUGAAGGGGCGAUGCACUGCCAGAUGUUGCCCGCAUAACUUCCUUUUUCCGUUCUUUGACCUUUUCGGUCCUCUUUUCAUCCUCCUUCUCAACCUUUUUCUGAUGAGCGACCCUCUUCUCGUUCUUCUUGUCUCUCCGGCGGGCCACCUGGUCCUUUCGCAGAGCGCGAAUUUGCUGCAAGAGGGCGACAGCCUUGCGUUCUUCGGGCUCCAUCACAACAGCUCGUUUCUGUAGG